CCUAAUUCCGUGCGAAAACAAGUGUAAGCGGAAAGACUGAAAGCGAACAGAGGGACAAGAGAGAGAGAGAGAGAGAGAGAGAGAGAGAGAGAUCAGUGGUAGGUUCUUCGUUUUCUGUUCUUGUUGUCUGCUUCUUCUCCAACGCGGGUUCACCAGAGGCAAAGUUCACGAUCUGCUGGGUAGUUGUGAACUCCGGCAACUGAAGUUCUACUGCAAUACAUCAAAUUCAUGUCGAUUGGCCACCGAAUUAGGGUUUUUGGGUCUCGGAACAUUCUCUUCUGGUCAUUUAUAGUGGGGCUUGGCCUUAGGAAAUGAACCUGCGGAUGACCGUGGGGUUUAGGGUCUGGUUGAUCAACGAUAGCGAUUUCAUCAACGAAUGGAGGGAGGUAACAACGUAGACCUGCUGACUCUGGGAUGCACCUAUGGAUUAUGAUGACAAUGAUUUCCAAAGCCAGAGUUUUCAGUUAGCUAGUGAAGAGAACACCAAAUUUCUCCCAGGAUUACGCUCAUAUGGUCUUCCCAAAUUUGAUCUAGACGAUAAUCUUCAGCUCCACUUAAGGUUUGAUAAUCUGGUUGAAACAGAGGUUUUACUUGGUAUCCAAAGCCACGAAGACAACCAGUGGAUUGAGGAGUUCUCACGGGAUGGUAGUGCCAUAGAGUUUAGUUCAGGUGCUGCUGAAUCAUGCUCCAUUUCAAGGCAUAACAAUGUUUGGUCUGAGGCCACUUCCUCAGAGUCGGUGGAAAUGCUAUUGAAAUCUGUUGGGCAAGAUGAGAUGAUCACUGGACAUGCUAAUAAUGUGGAGUCAGGUGCCUGUGAUGGAGUGGGUACCUUAACCAGGGUAAUUGAGCCCCAUUUAGAUGAUGAUAGUUCUAUGCCAUCUAUGCUAAUGGAUGAUCCAGAAGUUGGCCAUGCAUUAUCACCCAAAAAGUGUCAGGAAGGCUUCUCCGGCGUGGGCGAGCAAUCUGAUCCAAAGCUUCUUGAGGAUGAAACUACACUUCAAACAGAUGAAGGUGAGAAACCUGAAACUGGUAACAAUUCAACAGACUUGAGUCCAGGUAUGGUUGGUGAAAAUUGGAUCCUACCAGUGGACGAGGGAAAUCUACUACUUGACGGAAGAUGUAAUGAAGAUGCAGUAAAGAGGGAAGAUGGUUAUUUGGUUGAUGGAGCUGUGGAAGACAAAGUACAGGACAAUUCUGCUGCUUCUGAGGGUCUGCUAAUUGAUCACUCGGUGACUGUCAUGCAGAGCUUUACAGCAAAUGUUGGAAAGCUGAAUGCUCAGGAACCACAGCAGGUAAUUGAAGGAUGUAAUAAGAUUAUUUCUUAUGAAUGUUCUGAUCGUAAGCAAAAUGAUAAUAUCGAGCAAGUGGAUGAACUUGGGGUUCCAAGCAAAGAGCCUCUGAUUGAUGGUUGUAGCGGUGAAGAAAAUAAUGCUGAUGUUGUUGAUAGCCCUUCCAAGUUGGCUCUAAGUGUGGAUUCUGCCAUGCCUGUUUCGGAUGGAUGCAGUGAGGGUGAAUGUUCUGAGCAGCCAAUUCAGGCCAGUGAAAGAGAAGCGGUGGUAUUGCCCAAAGAUACAGAGAUGGGUGAUAAAUCCUUGGGAGAUAAACAUGAGGCAUCAAUUGUAGUGCUGAAAGGGGAUAUUAAUUUUGAAGGACAAGUCGUUGAGAUCAGCAACAGAAAUGAUGUGACUCAGUUGAGCACAAUAUUGAAGACAGAUCCUCUAGUACAGGUAUCACGAGGAGAGGGCAGUGUCUUAUGUUUUGACAAACAAGAGGGUUUAACAGGUGAUGGUCACUCAUUGGAAGGUGGGGUUUCAGUUGGUAAUUCAGAGACAACUUUGUUGAUAAAUGAAGACAGUGAACUUUUUAAAGGCCAGUGUGACAGAAGCAGCAAUAAUCAUGUCGGAAAUCCUUCUAGUUCAUUGCUGCAGCUUUGUUCCUCAACCAACGUAUUACGUGAAAGCCGAGCAGCUGAGAAUAUGAAAGAUAUUCAUGAUGAUUCCGGAGUUCAUGGAGAUGAUCAUUUAGCAAAUGAUCCCCACUCAUCUUCCAUGCAGGUUGAAUCCAUGCAACCAUGUGAAAGUAGCAUAGUCAUAGAACAUAGUGUUCUUGGUAGUCAGCCAAAUUUGUCUGCUAUUGAAAGUGAUAAUGUGACACCGUUAUGUGAAUGUAGUUUAGUUUCUGAGCCCAAUGAUGUUAAUGUCCUUGAAAAGGAGAACGUAAGGAUACCUGCUAAUUCUAAUAACAUGGAAAGUGAGACAAAUGGUUCUAUUGUUGAUUUGAAAGGGGAUGCAUCCUCAUCUCAAGACCAAGAUGUGGUUGUUUAUGUAUCAGCCUCUGAUCGAGGUGUUGGGGAUGAAUCAGCUUCGACCGGACUGGUCUCGGAAGUUAUCAACUUGGCUUGCUAUAACAAACUAGAUGGUGUUCAUGACCUACCUCCAGGAAAUGGCAGUGUCUCAAAUGAAGUUAUGCAUUUCACUCACUUGGAUAAAGAAGAAGAAACAAUAACUGAAAUGUCAAGAGAACCAAGCUCAUUUGUUAUGCAUGGGUGUUCUCAGAUGACAAGUGAGCCAGUUCCUACGUCUGAACUUGAACAAUUGGCAGCUCAUGAUAGAGCUGGAGAGUUGCUUCCUGAGACACUUCGUCAAUCACCAUCUUCCAUGGAGACUGUUAGUAAAGGAUGCCAGAAUGAACCCCAAGCUGUGAUGGAUGAUAAACCCACUCAAGAAUAUUCCAAGGAAUUAGAAGGAUGUGCUUCAGUUUCUAAUGGAAAUGAUGUUGCUGAGGUGAUUGGAGUUCCUCAUGAGAAGUGCGAAGGGGCAUCCUUAAAAUUUGAUGGAACAUUGCCUAGUGAUGCUGAGAUGCUCAUGCAGUUGGUGCCUCUGCCCUUGGAGGAAUCUUUGCAUGGUAUUAGCAAGGAGGAUCAGGAAGGCAAUAAAGGUAGCUUAGCAUCUGCAGAUAACAAUGGACAAAGUGUCCUUCCAAGUUCCGAAGGUGAUGCUAUAAAUGGCUCCGAGAUCUCCUGCAAACCUGCAUCUGUGUCUGAAAACUCCAGUGAAUUUUGUGCUUCGGAAGCUGGAGACAGCGGUCUGAAUUCUGAUGUGCCUAAUUGUGGUUCACCCACUAUCAUUAGUUGCAGUGAACCCUCUCGAACUGAUAAUGAAAAAUUGGAGGGAUACAAGGUGUCAAUAGAUCAGAAUACCUCAGAAGGUCUAGAUAAGGAGGCUGGUGGAGGUUCUGGUUCUCAUGAUCCUGAAGGGAAUGAUGCUGAAGAUGAUCGAAGCUUCACUUUUAAGAUUAGCUGUCAUCCUGAUCUUUCUGACCGAGAAACCGACGAGCGAUGGAAACCUUUUGGCAAUGUUCAGCCUUCUGACUUUGUUCAGGCCAAAGAGGUUUCUACUCCAACAACAUCUGGCUUAUCUCAAAUAGAUGCCAAGACAAUACAAGAAAGUUCUCAUGCAAGUCCUCAAGCAUCUGAUCGGGAGAAUGUUAGAGGCAGUUCCAAGGGUACUGCUGAGCAUAAAACAAGGAGAAGUUCUAGCAAGGUAACUGAUAAUGGAACUGCUAAAGGAGGAAGAUCUCCAAAAGAGGUGACCCCCGUAAAACAGAUGAAAGAUAAAGGAGGUAGUCCUUGCAAUAUGCCUAGCUCAGUGGGGGUAAUAAGCCAGGCUUUGCAAGUUGAAGAGAUGCGCUCCUAUUCUUAUGUUGAAGGCAGUGCUAGGAAAGCAUGUAGUGCUGCAACUGCUCAGGCAUCUUCUUUGCCAGAUUUGAAUAGUUUGGCUUCUCCAUCUGCAAUGUUUCUACAGCCUUUCACAGAUUUACAACAAUUGCAAUUGCGUGCUCAGAUCCUUGUUUAUGGAUCUCUAAUCCAAGGAACAGCACCUGACGAGGCAUUGAUGAUUUCGGCCUUUGGAGAAUCUGGUGAGGAUGGUGGAAGGAGCAGAUGGGAAAAUGCUUGGCGUACUGCUGUAGAAAGGCUUCAUAUUCAGAAAUCUCCACCCAGUUACCCUGAGACUCCUAUGCUCUCACAUUCAGGUACUAGGGUGAAUGAGCAAGCAACUAGGCAAAGUACUCUGAAAAUUAAACCUUUUGGAACACCUGCUGGCCGAGCUGGCAACAAGGGUACUCCUUCAGCAGUCAUAAACCCUGUGAUUCCCCUGUCAUCUCCACUAUGGAGUGUUACUACUACUUCCCAUGAUGCUUUGCAGUCCGGCAACAUACCAGGGGUCCCACUUUUUGAUGCUCAUCAGACACUUUCUCCAUUGCAUUCUUACCAGUCUCCUCAUUUAAGGCACUGUGUCGGAAAUACAACUCCUUGGUUCUCUCAGGCCCCUUGUCCUGGACCUUGGGUUGUUUCUCCACAGACUUCUGGACUUGAUGCUAGUGCUCAUUUCCCUGCCUUGCCCAUUACAGAAACGGGGCAUGUAACCUCUAUUCACGAAUCAUCUGUUCCACAUCCUUCUAUUGUGCAGCAUUCACCUGCUAGUUCUGUGGUUCAUUCUGGGGUCACUACUAGUGUUCCUGGGGGCUCUGUCCUCCUGCCUGAGGCAAAAAGGACAACAUCACCAGGUAAGCAAGCUUCUUCUGAUCCGAGGCCCAGAAAGAGGAAAAAGAGUCCAGCUUCUGAGGGGCCUGACUGCAUUUCUUUGGUUCCUCAGUCUCAGACAGAAACAAUUUCUGCUGCAGUGGUUACCAAUCCUCUGCCUGCGUCCCUUGCCAUCACAAACCCAGCUGUCUCUCUGUCUAAAACUGCUGCUGGUAAUUCUGUUUCAACUGGUUCACCAAACCCUUCUACAAAUUAUCAGGUAAUAGGGCCCCAGGAUAUGGAACAAAGAAUUUUUUUGGAUGAGUCUUGCAGUAGGGUUGAACAGGCUAAACAGCAGGCAGAAGAUUCUUCUGCUCUUGCUGCCACUGCAGUCAGACACAGCCAAGCCAUAUGGAGUCAAUUGGCCAUUCGGAAAAACUCUGGGUUGGUUUCUGAUGUUGAAGCUAAACUAGCAGCUGCUGCAGCAGCUGCAGCGGCAGCGGUUUCUGUUGCAAGGGCAGCAGCUGCUGCUGCUAAGGUUGCUUCUGAUGCUGCAUUGCAAGCUAAACUGAUGGCAGAUGAGGCUCUUUUUUUGAGUAGAAGUGGGAAUCCUAGUCAGAUUACUGAAGUUUCUCCUCCUGAUGGUGGAAAGAAUUUGGGAAUGGUCAGUCCUGCUUUGAUCUUGGAAGGGAAGGACAGAAACAAUGGUUCCGGUUCUAUUAUUGUUGCUGCAAAAGAGGCAUCUAGGAGGAGGGUUGAAGCAGCAGCAGCAGCUGCAAAGCGAGCUGAGAAUUUGGAUGCUGUGGUAAAAGCAGCUGAGCUGGCAGCUAAAGCAGUAUCGCAGGCUGGAGCAAUUGUUGCAAUGGGUGAUCCUAUACCUUUAACAGUUGGUGAGUUGGUAGAGGCUGGUCAAGAUGGUUUCUGGAAAAUACAUGUCCCUUCGGAACAGAAGCUUGUUAAGUUGAGCAAUAAGAAUCAAGGAGGAAAUUAUAAUCUUGAUGGUGUUGAAGGCCUUGGUAGAUCUACUAUCCAUUUCAAUGAGCAAUCAUCAAAUAAACGAGAAACACAUAGAACUGCAGACCAAAGAAAGCCUGGUUCUCCAAAAAAUAUGGCCAAACAUUCAAUGGAGAGCCACGUGGGCCCGGUAGAUGGAACACACUUGGAUUCAAUUACAAGUAAUGAAAAGAGUUUUGGAAGACAAAAAGGUUGUAAAACAUCUGGUGUAGCUAAAACUAUUGGUGUUCCUGAAUCUGAGGCUGUAGCACAAACUGAUACUGUUACCAUCCCAGAUGAGGAGCAUGGAGUACAUCAGCCAGUGGGGAUUUUAGAUGACAAUAGCAUUAAGGAGGGUUCCCUUGUUGAGGUUCUUUCUGUUGAGGAUGGUUUGAGAAGGGUCUGGUUUUCUGCUAAGGUUCUGAGCUUGAAGGAUGGGAAAGCUUAUGUAUGUUAUUCUGAACUUCGGUCAAAUGAAGGUUCAGUCCAGCUGAAAGAAUGGGUGCCUCUUGAAGGUGAAGGAGAUAAAGCACCAAGAAUACGUAUUGCCCGUCCUAUGACCAUAACGAAAUAUGAAGGCACAAGAAAACGCUGUAGGGGAGCAUUGGUGGACCAUAAUUGGUCUGUUGGAGAUAGGGUAGAAGCAUGGACUCUUGAUGGGUGGUGGGAAGGAAUUAUCAUGGAAAAGAGGAAGGAAGAUGAAACAACAUUCACUGUUCAUUUUCCAGCUCAAGGAGAUACAUCAAUUGUUAGGGCAUGGCAUCUGAGGCCUUAUCUCGUCUGGAAGGAUGGGCAAUGGGUGAAAUGGUCUCAUUCAACAGAAAAUAGUUCCCAUCCUCAAGAGGGUGAUACACCAAAGGAAAAGCGACCUAAACUGGGCAGACACAAUUCUGAUAUUGAUCCUGUAGUCGAAGCCACGGGUGAAGUUACAUUGGCAAAAUGUACAGGCACUGGAGAAACAGUAAAAGGUGGGGAAAAGGUGUUUACUGUUGGGAAAAACACCAAAGAGGGAAACACAAACAAUUCUGUUGCAUUCAGGACAAAGAGGACUGGUCUGCAGAUGGAAGGACCAAGAGUGAUUUUUGGUGUACCUAAGCCUGGGAAGAAAAGAAAAUUUAUGGAAGUGAGCAAACACUAUGUUGCAGGUACAGGUGGUCAAUCAAGUGAAGGAAAUGAUUCAAUUAAAAUUGCGAAUUACUUGAUACCUCAAGGAUCAGGUCGUGGAUGGAAAAAUACUUCCAAAGUUGAUCCCAAGGGGAAACGUGUUGCUGAAGCUAAGCCCAAGAUGCUUAAGUCAGGGAAGAUGAAUAAAAAUUUAUCUGGAAAGGAUAGUUUUUCGACACCUGUGGUUCCUACAUCAAAUGAUGGCACUGUGCCAAUGAAUGCUAAAGCAACUAAUGGCCAGGAUGGAAACAUUUCAAAAAAGCAGAGCCUGCUAGAGUUCAGUUCUUUCAAUGGCACUCACAAGACAACUGAAGGCCCAACUUUAUUUUCCUCACUAGCUCAUGCAUCAGAUGCUCUUGUCUCCAAAAAAAAGCCCUCACCUUUGGAAUCUACUCAAGGGGGUGGGGAAGGAAAAAAUGCAACUUCUGGUGAAAAGGUGGCUAAAAAUGAAGAAAAGGAUGCUACCUACAAUAGUAAUUUUGGGAAAUCAAUACCUGAUGCUGUUGAGCCCCGGAGAUCCAAUCGCCGAAUUCAGCCAACAUCAAGGUUAUUAGAAGGGCUACAGAGCUCCCUGAUUGUCUCAAAGAUUCCUGCUGUUUCACAUGACAAAAGUACCAAAUCCCAUCACAGAAGUGCGGUGGCAUCAUCGAAGGGUAUAUGGCGUUGACAUAAAAUGAGAGUGGGGGUGAAUCCGGCAGGCCUUCUCCCUAUGUUAUGGUGUUAAUGAUCUAAUGGUAAAUUCUCUUAGCUCGACAAGUACUGCCAGGGUUGGUGCAAAAGAUGGUGCCAACUCAAACUCUGUUGGAUGGUCAUAUCUACCUUGUGUAUUGGACAUCUUAUUUGUUUUGAACCUGAAGAUGAUUAUCUUAUAUCGUAUAGGUUGAAAUCAACUGGUAGAUAACUGUACUUAGUUUUCUAAGUUCUGUUCUGA